AUGCAGGAUAUAAGGAAUCAGAUAAGUCAAAUGGCCACAACAAUCAACCGUUUGGAGUCCCAAGUAAAUGGAAGAUUGCCAUCCCAACCUGAACUGAACCUGAAAAACGUAAGCGCAAUGACUUUAAGGAGCGGGAAGGAAAUUCAGGGGUCUGAACCUAUGAUCCCUAAGGAUAAGGAUGAGGAAAAGAUCGAAAAUGAACUUGAGAGGGAGAACAGCAAUGGUGCAGAUCUAAAGGUACUUCCAGACCCAGUAAUUACAGUUAAAACUAAUCCCCCUCCAUUUCCUUGCAGGUUGGAAAAAUCGAAGAAGCAGGAAAAGGAGAAAGAGAUUCUGGAGGUGUUUCGCAAGGUAGAGAUCAAUAUCCCCCUACUAGACGCCAUCAAGCAAGUGCCGAAGUAUGCAAAAUUUCUGAGGGAUCUAUGUGUCAAUCGAAGGAGGCUGAGGGGAGAUGAAAGAGUUAUUGUUGGGGAGAAUGUGUCAGCAGUUCUCCAAAGAAAGCUACCACCAAAGUGUGGGGAUCCAGGUAGGUUUACUGUCCCAUGCAAGAUAGGUAAUACUCUGAUUAGAAAUACCUUGCUGGAUUUAGGAGUAUCGAUCAACGUAAUGCCAAAAUCUAUGUAUGCUUCUCUGAAUCUCGGUUCAUUAAAAGAAACCGAGAUAAUAAUUCAAUUAGCUGACCGAACAAAUGCAUACCCUGAUGGGUUGGUCGAGGAUGUGCUGGUUAAAGUUAAUGAAUUGAUAUUCCCGGCUGACUUUUAUGUACUUGACAUGGAUGAUGAUCAUUCCCCUGACCCCUCACCUUUGCUACUAGGUAGACCCUUUUUGAGCACAGCACAGACAAAAAAUGACGUUAAUAAGGGUACAUUGUCCAUGAAAUUUGAUGGAGAAGUAGUCCACUUUAAUAUUUUCGAUACAAUGGAACAUCCUGUUAACUCUCACCCUGUGUUUGCUAUUCUUGCUAUUAAUCCCUCUGUGCAAGAAUUUUCUGAGUUUGCUUGUAGGGAUAAAUUCAAACUUACUGAGAACAAGUAUAAGGGGAUGAAAGCACUGUAUGAGGUGAAAAGGAGUAGAAAAUUAAGAAAGAAGGCUGCACUCAAAGGCUAUUUGGAUCCUGGAGGAAGGCCACCGAUUUCCAGGAAAAUUGAGUUACACCCAGAUUGA